UGCUUGCAUAAGUUUAUACACAUGUAGAAAACAAAGAGAGAAGAGAUAUGGAGAGAAGUAAAAUGAGUUUGGUGAGUGAAGGGAAGUUGGUGUUGAAGCCAAAAUACAAGCAUGGCUUCUCCUCUUCUCAGAUUGAUUCACUGACUGCAGUGUGUGAAGCUCUCAUACCUUCUGUUCCCAUCAAUGGAAACCCAAAUUCCCACAAAUACUACUUGUCUUCUGCUUCUCUCUCUCCAUAUCCUCAUGAGACUGCAGAGCUGAUGGUGAAGAGAGGGAUACCUAAAGCUGUGGUGGCGGUGAGCCUCGUGCUGAAGCUUCUGUCCACGCGCCUCGGCACCCUCUUCCUCUGCGGCGGCGCCUCUCUUGACUGGAGAUGGCCCUUCAUCCACAAAUUCUCAGAGCUGUCCAUCAGCAAGAGAGAAGGCAUACUCAAGAAAUGGUCAAGGGGAACUCUCCUCCUCCCUCUAAGAACUGUCUUCUUCAUGCUCAAAGUCACCUGUUUCUUCACCUUCUUCUCUCUGACAGAUGAGAACCACAAGAAUCCGGCGUGGGAAGGCAUAGGAUACCAUGUGGAAGAAGUUGAAAACUCUGUGGAUUCGAACGAGGAGAGGCCACUUGAAAAGGGAAUCGUGGAAGCAGAGAAUGAAGCUGAUCUGAAGCAAUCCCUCGUCAGGAAAGGGCUGCAGGUAUACGACAACGAGGGGGAUAACAUGAUCAGCAUCAAGUGUGAUGUGGUGAUAGUUGGCUCGGGAUGUGGGGGAGGCGUUGCAGCGGCUGUUCUUGCAGAGGCCGGCCUCAAAGUCGUUGUUGUGGAGAAGGGUCAUUACUUCACUGCAAGAGACUACACUGGAGUUGAGGGGCCUUCCUUGAAUGAGCUGUAUGCAUCAGGGGGGCUUCUUUCUACUCAAGAUGGGAAGAUCAUCCUCCUUGCCGGGUCCACAGUUGGCGGUGGCUCAGCCGUGAACUGGUCCGCCUCCAUCAAGACUCCGGACCAUGUUCUGAGAGAAUGGUCUGUGGAGAAGAGAAUCCCCAUGUUUGGAGGGGAGGAGUAUAAAUCAGCUAUGGGAAAGGUGUGGGGAAGGAUAGGUGUGACAGAGAAUUGUACAAAGGAAGGGUUUCAAAAUCAAGUGUUGAGAAAAGGGUGUGAGAAGUUAGGGUUGAAAGUGGAGAAUGUGGCAAGAAACUCUGGCGAAGGGCAUUACUGUGGCUCAUGCGGCUACGGCUGCAGGAGAGGGGAGAAGAAGGGGACUGACACGACGUGGCUGGUCGACGCGGUGGAGAAGGGUGCUGUGAUCUUGACAAGGUGCAAAGCAGAGAAGUUUGUAGUGGAGAGUGAUGGGAAGGGGAAGAGAUGUAAAGGGGUGAUUGCAUCUUUUGAAGGGAUGAAAAAAGUGAAGGUUGAGGCAAGGGCUUCAGUUGCUGCUUGUGGAGCUCUCUACACUCCACCUCUGUUGAUCUCAAGUGGGCUAAAAAACAAGAAUGUGGGGAAGAAUCUCCACCUCCACCCUGUGUUGUUUGCAUGGGGAUACUUCCCUGAAGAAUCAGAGUCACAGCUAGAAGGGAAGAGCUUUGAAGGAGGCAUCAUCACCUCCAUCAACAAAGUGAUCAUUGAAGGAGAGGAUGAUUUCAGUACCAUCAUAGAAACAGCUGGAUUUGGGCCUGCAGCCUAUGCUGUGUUCCUACCGUGGGUGGGAGGGAAGGACAUGAAGGAUAGGAUGGCGAAGUAUGCGCGAACAGCCCUGCUGUUCGCGCUGAUCAGAGACAAAGGGACAGGAGAGGUGAGGGAGGAAGGGAAGGUGACAUACAAGUUGGAUGAGGUGGACAAGAGGCAUCUUGAGGCUGGUUUGAGGCAGACAUUGAGGAUCUUGAUUGAGGCCGGGGCGGUUGAGGUGGGGACUUUUCAAAGUGAUGGGCAGAGGGUAGGGUGCAAGGGGGAGGUGGAGGGGUUCUUGAAGGAGGUGGUGGCGGCGGGAGGGGUGGCGGAGGGGGGGAGGUUUUGGAAUACUUAUGGCUCAGCUCAUCAGAUGAGCAGCUGCAAGAUGGGGGUGGAUGAGAGGGAAGGGGGAGUGGAUGGGAAUGGGGAGAGUUGGGAGGCUAAAGGGUUGUAUGUUUGUGAUGGGAGUGUGUUGCCUACAGCUAUUGGUGUUAAUCCUAUGAUUACUAUUCAGUCAACUGCUUACUGUAUCUCUACUAGAAUUGCACAUGCUCUCACCCAAGUUUAGACUGUAUCUGUAUGAUUUGUAUCUUGUAGUAUGGAAAUAAGAUGUUGAUGUUCAUUGAUGCAUAUGAACAUGCCAACAGUUUGAUUAA